UUUCUCUCUAUCAGUCUCACUUUUCUUAUGCAUUAUAAAUACUUAACAUUGCUUGCUUGAUCGAUUCACUUGAAAGAAGAACACAUCAAGCAUGGACAAGUUCAACAGUACCAGAGAUGGAUUAACAAGACUCCCACCCGGCUUUCGCUUCCAACCGACCGAUGAAGAGCUUGUUUUUCAGUACCUAAAAUGCAAAGUCUUUGCAUGGGCACUACCAGCCACUAUCAUUCCUGAAAUCAAUGUCUGCAAGUAUGAUCCUUGGGACUUACCAGGGGAUGUGGAGCAAGAGAAGUACUUUUUCAGUAACAAAGAAGCAAAGUAUCGAAAUGGGAAGAGAAUAAACAGAUCAACUGCUUCUGGGUAUUGGAAGGCAACAGGCUCAGACAAGCACAUUGUGUCUUCAGUGACUAAUUAUCAAAUGAUGGGGAUUAGAAAGACACUGGUUUUUCAUAGAGGGAAGCCUCCUCAUGGGUCUAGAACAGAUUGGAUUAUGCACGAAUAUCGCCUUGUCGCUGCACCAGCAGCAGCAGCAUCAACUGCUAAUGUAGCAUGUGAACGCCUUCAAACUACCCAGAUUGAGCAGUUGGAUAAUUGGGUUCUUUGUCGCAUAUUUUUGAAGAUAAGAAGUUCAAGCUCCAAGGAUGAUCAACAGACUCAACAGAGUAGAGAUGUCAAUGAUUUUAUUGCGGAUGAGCCAAGAUUUUUCAAUUUUAUGCCAAUAGACAAGGCUGAUGAUUUGAGUCCUGCAUCUUCUUCAUCCUCUUCAAGUUCCAAUGCGAUCAUCGAUACAUUCUCAAGUGGAUCAUAUCAUUAGAAGUUGCAACAUAAAUAAUGCAUUAUGAGCUGCAAAUUAAUGCAACAUCUUUUCAACUUGUUGCAGUAGAAAGAUAAUUAAGGAAGCUGUGACAAGUACUCUUCUGUAUUGAUUUUCUUGUAAUAUUUGCAUGAUCUAUGGCCGUAGUAGGAAAUGGAUCUUAUUGAAGGGAUCGAAUUAAUGA